AUGGCGAUGAUGACUGGCCGUGUGCUGCUGGUGUGUGCCCUCUGCGUGCUGUGGUGCGAUGUUGUGGUGCCAGCGGCUUAUGGCCUUGUCAGUGACAGAAGUGUUGUGGAGGAGGAUAUGGUCUUAACUUGGUAUCCUGUGUUCAAUGAGACAUGCAGGAACAAAAGCACGAAGGAAGGAAUGUUGGAUGAGUUGGCGAUGAAGAACUGUAUGCGUACUGCAAUGAAAGAUGUUUGUGAAGCUUAUUAUAUUGAGAAGUCGACCAAAUCUCAUGAGCCUGAAGCUGACCGUAUUUGCAAGAAGUACGCUGGCGAUACAGAGGAGGUUGUGCAACCAUCAAUACCACAAACCAAAGAGUCGCCUGAUGCGGAAAUACAGGUGGCAGCAGCAACUCCAGAAACACCGAAGGGCGGCGCAGCAGGAAUGGGAUCAAAACCGGGAGCACCAGCGGGUGAUUCAUCAGCAAAUACGACGGAAGGGCCGGAAUCAACCUCAGCUGCCACCGACACUUCAAUUAAUGAGGCUCAAAAAGGCGGUGAAUUGGCGAUGCCGAAGAAUGCACCGGAAUCCGAUUAUGCAGGGAGAGGAGAAGGAGAACAGGGUGAAGAGAAGCACAGUAAUACGAAAGAAACACCAGCCAAAGCCGAGACAAUGAAAAACAUCACGACGAUUGCCGAGAGUGACAGCAGCACCGCGGUCUCCCACACCACCUCUCCUCUUUUGCUUCUUCUUGUUGUUUUGCGGCUGCUGCUGUUGCUGCGGUAG